UUGUAAACCCUUCGCGACUGUCAAAAUAGUGUUCUACGUUGUGUGUGUAGUUGGGGUUUAAAAAUUGUUUUAAAGUGUUUUGUUCAAAAAAUUAAUAUACGCAUUUGUUUUUAUUAAUAUAAACCCAAUUAUAUUAUUAAUUAAAUAUUUUAUAUCAGACUAACAGUAUAAUACAUAUCUGAGACAAAUUUCCUAUUGCACAGCAAAAUACAUACAGAAAUUGCAUAUUGCGGUAUUCACGUCAUGCCGAGGCGCGUAAAAGUUUUAAAGGCCAAAAACCGGCCAGUUUUUGAGCCGGUAAUUUCGCUAGAGAAUCCUAUAACGGAUUACAAACGGCUAAUGAAUACAAUUAUGGCAACGGAUGUUGAAGAAGAAAUACUUAAAGAAAAUUAUAUGAAAAUUGCUGAAGUUGCCCAAAAAUGUAUUUGGGACUUGUUAUUUGCAGAAUCUGAUACAAAAACUGAGAAUGAAGCAAAGGCUACUGAAUUAUUAAAAGCGCAUAAAUAUGACUCUGCUUUUUACUGUCCUUGGGACUACAAUGAAUGGAUCGUUAUUGUACGUGACGAAUUGUUAAGCAGAGAAAUGUUUCAGUUUUGGCGUAAUGUAAUAGUUAAAUGUGAAUUAGGACCUUGUUGGUCAAGAGAUUCAGAUUGUUUUACAGGUGAUAAUGCACCUGAGGAAUUUUAUAAAUUCGCUGGGUGUGUAGCACCAUUUAGCAGAGAAGCAGCAGCAAAAUUGGAUGACUCAAACUGUGCAGAAACUGUGUUGGAAACAGGCUCUAUCGAAACGCAAACAAGUGCAGGAGCCAAAAACGAUUCAUCAACCGACACGUAUAUAGAUUCUAACACCAUGAGCGUUGAAGAUAAUGAAAGUUUAGCACCACCGGAUGAAGUUGAAAAUGAUGAUUUUGGCUUAAUUAUCUCAUUAGAAACUCCCUUAAAAGAUUUCACGUCGCUUAUAUUAAAUGAAAUACAACUAAAUGAUACUGCCUCUGAAGAAGAAUUGGAGCAAAAAUAUAAAACAAUUGCUGAAAAGGCACGUGAAAUUAUAUGGGAGCUCAUAUUCAUUAUAACACCAUUAACAGAAGAAAACCAAUGCAAAGCAAUUGAGUUACUGAAAGAAGUGAAAAGUAAUGCUUGCUCUUAUGGACCUGCUGAAUACAACAAUUGGAUUAUUUCUCUACGCGAUGAAUUACUUAGAUUAAAUAUGAUUGAAAUUUGGAGUGAACAAAUCGUAAAACUUGAGUUGGGCCCAUGUUGGGCUCGAGACUGCGAUUGGUUUGAUGAUGCGGAAGAUUAUGAAGUAUUAGACUUUUAUAAUCAUGCUGGUUGUGAAGCACCAUUUAAAAACGAUAUGUUAAACGCAAUUAAAAAUAAUUCGAAUCUUUCGUUUUAAAUUGAACGAAGAGCUAAAGCUAUAAAUUGAAAAAAAAAUUAUUUAUUC